CCAAAAUUUUCAAAACAAAAUAUGAAAAUAGCUGGAAUUUCCAGAGGGUUUGAUGGGAGGGGAGGGGGGUGGGGAGAAAUCAAAUUACCUUGAUAAUGAGGGAAAGGGCUCUUUGACAAUACAGUACAGCAACCUGAUUAGCUGAUAUUUGUUACUGAACUACUAAACUACCUCGGCCAUGUAGUAAUUAUCAUGUUUGUUGUUUUCUCAUCCCUAGCUUAAGAUGGAUUCAAGUAAGAUAGCAGUCACUGAAGUGACUGAUAGUUUCCUGUCCUGCCAGGCAGUAGAAGAUGUGAAAUCAGGUUCAUUCCUGACUGAUCUUUGGGGUCCAGUGUUAGAUCUGCCAACUGCUUAUACAGUGCAAGUUGAUGAAAACAAGCAUGUUCUUCCCAAAGGAAUGUUAGCAUAUUUCAAUCAUUCCUGCCAACCUAAUGCAAAGUUUAUCUUCGAAAGCCGCAAAAUCUCAUACCCAUCCCUAGACGCAGACCACGAGGUCUCCUGGUACGUGGUGGCCACUCGUGACAUCAAGAAAGGAGAAGACGUCACCUAUGAUUACCAUACAACAGAAUAUGACAUGGCUGUACAUUUCCAGUGUAAUUGUGCAGCAGAAACAUGCCUGGGCAAAAUUAAAGGUUUUAGGUAUUUGUCACGAGAACAGCAAAAAGUGAGGGCAUGUGACUUAUCUCCUGUUAUAAAAAAGCUUUGGAACAAGCCAUAACAAAAGUUCUGUGUGCCUCAUGGACAGCCUAAGUGUCCAACUGUACCUUUAUUAGAUGACUACAGAACCAAAUGCAUCUUCGUAACCGAACUUCACAACCAAUAUGAACUUUUAAAAGCAAUCUUUCCAACCUGGAACUUUACAACCAAAUGUACCUUUAGAACCAAUUUUUCUAUAACCAAAUGUUAUACGUGUAACUAGGUGUACCAGGGUAAUGA